AUGCUAGAGAAGAUUAAGACGAUGUAUAACCCCACACCAGGGAUGCCUCCAGAGAAGAUAGGUCCGACCGUAGGUCAAAAUAUUGGUAAAAUAACAUUACCAUCUACGGAAUUACGUUUCUUCGAUCUAGGUGGACAAAGAGAUAUAAGAUCUAUUUGGCCAAAAUACUACGAUGAAUGUCAUGCUGUUGUUUUCGUAGUUGACGCUUGUGAUCAAGCUCGACUGACUGAGAAUUGGCAAGUGUUUGAUGAGGUCCUCAAUUCACCUAGAUUGUUGAAUCUCCCUUUAUUGUUGCUCGCAAAUAAACAAGAUAAUCCUACUUCACUUUCUGUCGCUGAGAUUAGAGAGUCGUUUGAUGCAUGGCAACGCGCUCGAUCAAAUAGAGAUACGGAGGAUGAUGAAAUCACGAACAAGCCUAAAGAUAAGGGGAAAGGAAAGGCUAAGAUACAAGAAGACCGAGAAGACCGUGCAGAACGGACGGGAGGGAUACAAAAGGAUGGAACGAAAGAAUGGGAUGAUGGAGGUGCAAAAGAUGAACGAAUGGCUAGUCUAGACGUCAUGGGUGUCUCCGCUCUAGAAGGAACGGGAGUGAGAGACGCUGUAAAUUGGUUGUAUAUCCGUGUACAAAACGCUCGUAAAAUGUAA